AUGCAAAAUUUUGAGACUGUAGAGAUAAUAAAUCCAACAGUUGAUUAUUUAAUAACAAAGUGUGGAUAAAAUCUUUAUGAACAUUACUUAAGUGAGAAAGAACCUGGAUAUAAUUGUGGAGUGAUAGCUAAUUGGCAGUGUGGAGUUGUAUAAUAGGAAUUCUUAGUAUGUAAAAUAAAUAAAAAUAAAAGCCAUUUGAUCAUGGUGAAUCUAAAUAUGCAAUUUUGAAUAAAUGGAUCGAUGAAGAUGAACCUGUAGAUAAUUAUAUAAAAUUUGUAGCAUUUUAAAACGAUUGACAAUAUGACUGCAAAGGGAGUGAAAAUGAUAAAAAUAUAAUAGCCAUCAACAGGAUAAGAAACAUUUGAUGAUGCUAGAUCUUAAAGAAGUUAAUCUUCUAGAUUUUCUAGAGGUUCAAUAAUGAAGUUUUAAAAUUCUGUAAGCAAAAUGAAACUUAUAAAUAAAUUGGGUGGUUCUUCUCAAUAAAUGACAACAACACUUUAAUCAACCAUCUAAGAAGAAUAUAAACCAAAUUUAAUAAAAAUGCCAGAAACUAAAAAACCUCCUACUCCAGAUGCAAUAAUAGAAAGACUUCGUGAAUAGAGAGAAUAUUAAGAAUUAGANUUAAUAGAUAAAAAAAAUUACAGAAUUUCUUAAAAGAAAUAGAAUAUUAAAAAAUUAAAUUUCGAAUAGAAAAUUCUAAAUGAUUGUAAUAAUUUAAUUAAAUUAUCGCGAUAUUAGAAAACUUCAUUUUGA